UCCGCAUGCCAUCGACGCUCUUCGUGCCUCUCUCUGUCUCUCUGUCUCUCUCUGUGUGUCGCCCGAGAAGGCGCAGUUUGUGGUGAAGAGACACCCCAGUCGUCUGUCGAGUGCAGCAACCGCACACCAUGCUAACGAUUGUCGUUACUGGCCUGGUCCUUACGAGGGCACGGAGGCUGUCGGAGGUGCUCUCUUCUUCGAGCGACGUGUGGAAGGAGUGGGAGCUGAGAGGUGCAGUCUUCAUGAGCCUUGCCCUCCAAAUCGUCCUCAUUUAUCUCGGCGACCGCCGCAAGUAUGUCCCGCGCGCUUGGAUCAGGGUGGUCACCUGGUCGGCCUACCUAUUGGCCGAUUCUGUUGCGAUCUAUGCGCUUGGCAUGAUCUCCAACAUGAUCGGGGAAAUCAAGGCUGACAAAUUGGUGAGCAAGAUGGACCCGCACGCGGAGCUUAGUGCGUUUUGGGCCCCGUUUCUGCUGCUGCACUUGGGGGGCCCCGACACGAUCAGCGCUUAUGCGAUGGAAGACAACGAGCUCUGGCUCAGGCACUCGCUGACGCUGGUGAGCCAGACAGGCUUGACAGUUUAUGUUCUGGGAAUGGCGUGGACUCAUCCUAGCCUAUCGUUCCUUGCCAUUCUGAUACUGCUCUCGGGUUUCUAUAAGUACGGUGAGAGGGUUUGGGUCCUCCGCGCCGCCAGCAACGAGCACUUCAAGGACUCCCUUGCUGAGUCCCAACCCCGCCGAAAGUAUUCCAACAAGAUUUUGGAGGAAUGCGAGUUGAAGGGGGCCGAGGGGUACAAUGUCGUGCCUCAUCAAGUCAUCGAGGUACGGGAUGAUGCGAUGAUUACGAUCGAUAAUGCGAUCGCUAAUCUUCCGUCUCAGAGUCUGAGUUCCAGCAAGGAAUCCAAGGACCAAGAAUACAAGGAUGUGGGCGCACUGCUAGCGGCUCGCAGCUUGGUUGACACUAGUCAGCGCCUUUUUGCAGAUCACUUGUUCAGCUUGGAGGAACGCGACACUUGCCUGUCGAUAUUGACUGGCAAGCCCUGGGAAGGAUUUAAAGUCAUUGAAAUUGAACUGGGCCUCAUCUACGACAUGUUCUACGCGAAGGCGAAGGCAGUCUACACGUGGUGGGGCAUUAUCUGUAGACUUGCCAUCGCAUUCUCGAUCUGUGUUGCACUGGUGCUCUUCUCUUUUAGCAACAAGCGACAAUAUUCGAAGCUGGAUCUAUGCUUGACCUUCCUGUUGCUAGGAGCAGCCAUUUUCCUUGAGUUAUACGCACUGUAUCACAUUCUUUCCUCUGACCGUGUUGCUUGUUGGCUCAUAACGAACAAGCAAUCGGUCAUCUUCAAUAUCAUCAACUGGUUCCGACCACUGUCGAAAAGGCGCAGGUGGUCCAAUUCCAUGGGCCAAUACAGCCUAAUGAGCUGCUCCUUCAGAAAAAAUGAUUCCUGCUGGUGGAGAUUCCUAAAAAAUUUGCGCAUUGAUGAGAUGGUUGUGAAGUUUCUCGACCAAGGCCGUGAGGACGUGACGAGCAAAAUCAGAGAACUAAUCCUGGAGAAGUUCCAAGAGAAGCAAGUAAGGGACGCGCAGAAACUGCCCUCCGUAUGGAUCGACAGGGGAGGCCACGUGUUGAGCACACAAAAGUUGCUGGAUAAGUUGAAAUGGAGCAUCGAGCUGGAUUUCGAUAUGAGCAUCCUAGUCUGGCACAUAGCGACGGAGCUCUGCUAUUUCCCCCAUAACGGAGAGGACAGCAUUCAGGAGCUAGAUAGGAAUAACCAGAGCCAUGUAAAGUACAAGUCCUUGAUGAGUUUGCACUUGUCUCGGUACAUGGUAUAUCUCCUAGUUAUGUAUCCUUCAAUGUUGCCUGUUGGAAUUGGUAGUAUCAGAUUCCGAGACAUUUAUAAGGAGAUCAAGAAGUAUUUUGCCAUGCCUAAAUCUGCUCCGGAGACGCCUGCUUGUGACCCCAAUAUGCAAGACAACUCGGAAGAAGACCCUGAAAUGAGGAGAGAGCACAAUCCCAAGAUUGCAGAGGCUUGUAAUGUGUUGCGCGGCCAAGUGAAGACCAAAUUCAAUCUGAGCGUGACGAAGGAGGACAAAGUCAAGUACGUGCUGUUCAAUGGGUGCCGGCUCGCGUCAGAGCUGGAGCAAAUCUCGCCUGAGGAGACGAAAUGGGAAGUGAUCCGCCACGUAUGGGUGGAAAUGCUGAUCUACGCGGCUAACAAGUGCAAAGCGAAGGAUCAUGCUCAGCAGAUGAGGCGAGGCGGCGAGUUCAUAACCCAUGUCUGGUUUCUGAUGGCUCAUUUUGGGCUGACCAACCACUUCCAGAUACCACACGCCCCGGCGGUAGCAGAAAUAACCGUGAAUUCCUGGUGAUUGAGGAUCUGCAAAUUAGACAGAACUAUCGUUUAUGUGUUGUUGAUGUUUGAAAUACCAACUUUGAGAUGAGGAUUAUGUUUUUUCAGUGUCUCGUUGAUGUACAAAAAUAGAAUUAAGGAAUUAAAAAGAAUGUAACUGUUCAACCAUUAAUGUUGUACAUCAAUAUCAUCUAAUAAAUACGUUUUAGUCGAAAA